AUGAAAAAUAUAGCCUCAAUAUGCAAUUCUCCUUUAUAUCUUUAUUUGGGAUCGGAUGAAUUUGCUAUAGAAUUGCUUCAGGCAUCCCUUUAUGAUUUCAAAUUUGAAUACAAUUAUAUGGAUGAUAAAUAGAUGCUAUUUAAUGUUUGUCAUUACUCUUGUCAGACUUGCAAUGGGCCUCUUGAAAAUAAUUGUAUCAAUUGUUAAGAAAACACUAAUAGACAUUAUUUGAUUGAACAAAAAAAAUGCAAAUGCAAUCAUGGAUAUAUCGAUAUUCCAGAUGAGAAGGUUUGUAGGGCAUUUGAGGAUGAGUAUUCUUCUGUUUACUAAUUAGAAGGAACUCGUUAUGCUGAAGCUUAAUGUGAAUUUGGGUACUUUCUCUAUCCAAAUAAAAACAAUUCUUUUGAAUGUAAAAUUUGUCCAUAAUCCAAUACCUAUGACAUUCUAUGUGUUGAUUGCAUUUAUUAUCCAUUGACUUGGUAUUUAAAACCUAUAUGUAAAUAUGACUUAAUCUCUGAAAAAUAUACUGCUUAGAGUGCAUUCGAAUAAGUAAAGAGAGACAAAUUUAACUAUGACUUUUAUCUGAUUGAUUUAAAUAGUGUAAUCACGCUUCAUUCAGGAUUUAUGGAUUUUUGUGAUAUUGAAUUAGAUUACAGUUGCUUUAGAACUAAAUAUUAUCAUUUAGGCAAAUAAGUAAAUGCAAAAUGUAAGCCUAAUUACUACUUUUAAAACGAAGACUGCAUCUUCACAAAUAUCAAUUGUUUAUUAGCAUCAAGUGAUGGAAAUUGUUUGCAAACUAAAAUAGGAAUGUAUCAAUAUAACAGCAAUUUUUAUGAAUGCCCAUUCACUUGUUUAACUUGUGAGCAUAACCUUGAAUCAAACAGCUUACAAUGUUAAUCUUGUUUAAAGGGUUAUGCUUUAGAUGAUGGGAAAUGUGUCAGUUGUGGAAAUUUCUGUGCGCUUUGCCAGAAAUAUCAUGAUUCUAAUACAGAUACAAAAUAUCUAAGAUGUUUAAAAUGCUUAGAUGAUUCAAAGUACUUUUUAUCAUUUGAUGGUAUAAAUUGCUUUGAGAAUAAAAUCUAGAAUUGUCAUUAUGCUUUUUAGGCCUUGUCAAAUGAUUUCUAGGUUAAUACUCUUGAUCUCAACUUUACCCCAAGAAAUGAUUGGCAAAAUAUUAUUACAACAUGUGGGAGAUGUCAUUUUAGUUAUGUUCUAAUUAUGGAAACCAAUAAUUGUUUAUUAUAACCUGAUGACAAAUGUUUUUUCCUUUUUGCUGAACGUCUUAGCAAUUCUACUUUUCUUGAUGAAUUUAAAUUGAAUAAUUUGCUCUAAACAUAUUAUGAUACAAAUGAUUAUGGUGAAUUGAUAUCUCUUGCAUUUGAUCCAAAUGAUUUUAGCCUUUUUGUUACAUCAAUACAGUAUUGUAUGAUUCAUUAAGCGUAUGAUGAAUAAAUAAGAUAUAAAAUUGUUCAAUUCAAUCUCUAAUGUCCAGGAUACAUAGAAAAUUGCGAAACUUGUUUAAGAGAAAAGGUAACAUAUACAGGUAUAGUUCAUAUUUGUUUGAUAUGCAAACAGGGAUAUUAUGCUGACAGAAUAUCAGGUAAAUGCUUCCAAUGUCCAUCAGAUUAGAACUGUUUAUAUUGUACUUAACAGUAGAAGUUACUGAAAGAUUCUUGGAAAAUAUAUAUAAGAGCAUUUUAUUAACUUUUUAUUAAUUCAAAUGAUGAUCAUCCCUUUAAACUCUAUGCGUAAAGUGAAGCGUAGGAUGAUUAUGAAAUUAUAUGCACUUUUUGUAAAAAAGGAGAUGAAUUAGUAAAUGAUAAUUGUAUAAAAGCUUGUCCAGAUUCAUGUUUAGAAUGCUAGUAUAUAAAUGGAAGGAAUCAAUGUAUAAGAUGCCAGCUUGAAUAUUAAGGAAGAAAAUUAAGUUUAUCAGAAAAUGAAUGUAUAGAAUGUCCUUAAAAUUGUGCAUUAUGUAGGAUACGAUCAUAAGAAGAGAUUUACUUAAUUAAUCCUUUUUUUAAUAAUGAAAAAUAUAUCACAAACACAUACUAAUGUUUAUAAAGUUUUGAGGAUUAAGAAUAUUAUUUUGAUUAGGAAUUAGGAAGCUUCAUUGAUUGUAUAAAUAUAGAAUAAUGUGAAAAAUAACUCAUAAUUCCUAUUAAUUUAUUUUGCUCUUAGUAAGAUUUCAUAACAGCAUUAAAUGAAUAGUAGACUGAUUACAACAAGGAGUAAUUUAAAAAAAGCAAUAUAAUGUUGGAGGAUCUUUUUUCUGGAUCAAGUUUUAAAGAAUUUGAGAAUGAUCAUUUUUAUUUCUAAGCUAAUUCUAAAUUGAUUAAGACAAUUUUUCUUCAAAUUAAAAGUGUCAAACCUUAAACAUGUAAAAUUAAUGGAAAUGCAACAAUUUAAUAGAUCUUUAGUUAGAAUAUCUUUUCAGCUAUAAAUGUCGAAUUGUAAAUAAAUUUUAAUAAAAAUACUAUCAUUUAAUUUGAAAGAACAAUAACAUUUUAGAACUUUAAUAAAAUUACAAUAUUAGGAGGUAUAUUCUAACCUUAAUCAAACAAUUAUUUAAAAUAACUAAUAUUUUAAAGCUUAUUGCCUUAAGUAAUUGUUAUAGAUUCUUCCAUAUAUUAACAAAUCUCAUAGAAAAUAGAUUAAUCUUAAUUAAUUUUUUCAAAUGUUACUUAAUUAAAUAUCAAUAAUUUCAAAAUAAUAGAUCUUAUUCAAAAUAAUAUUGAUAAGUUUAUUUAAAUUACAAAUACUUCCUUUAGUAAAUUGAUUAAACUUCAAAAUUUUGAGAUCUUAAAUUCAAUUUUAAACAAUUAAAUCACGCUUUUUUUUUGUCUAAACAAUUAAGAUAUCGUCGAGCUAUCAGAUUUAUAUAUAAAUGCAUAAUUCACUAAUUCAACUUUUGUAGAAACUGGAAAUGAAAAGUAAUAUAGCAAACUUAUAAUUAAAAAUAUCAAUUUUAAAAUAGAUUUACUUAAUUGUUUGAAAUUUAUGAGCUGGCUUUAUUUUAAUGAAAUUUGCCUAUCUGGAAUUUCAUUUUUUAAUUCGACAAUUGAAAACUCAACUCUUAUCAUUCUUAAUAGUUACAGUAAUUUAAAAGAUGUAAUGAUUAAAGACAACUAAUUUAAAUAAUUUAGUUAUGGAAUUCUUAAUUCUAAUUAAUCAUUUGAAAAUAAUUUAUUAAUGGAGUUUACUAAUAUUAUUUUAGAGCAUAAUGAAUAUCAUUAAACUACAAAGUUGAUAUGUUUUAACAAAUACAAUUAUGGAUAUUCUUAUACUAGAAUCAAUAAUUUAAUAAUAUCUAAUAAUUUUGCUACAUCAAUUAAUUCUAAUUUUAAUUUGAAAACCUAAAAUCUUGCUCUAAUGUACAUUUAACUAGAUGAAGUUUAUUUAGCAAAUAUCAAUAUUUAUAGGGGAUAUGGAUUGAAAGAAAUUAGUAUACAAGAUGCAAAAGUUUUAAGAAUAGUAUCUAGUAUAAUAACUUAAAGUGACGAACAUAAAUUUCUUGGACUUCAUUAAUACCUUGAUUGCCAAUUAUAAUAAGUCUAAGGUCAGUACUAUUUAUAAUCACUCUUCAUUACGUCAGUGCUUGAUUUUGAAAUAAUUGAUAUGCAAAUAAGAAACAUUUAAUCCUACAAUUCUCCAGUCAUAUAUUACAAAUCCUCUGAUAGCAUAACAUAAUCAUAACUAGAAAAAAUACGUUUAAUUAAUUUCGUUGUUGAAUAAAAUUUAUUGCUUCUAUCAAAUUCAUAAUUUUAAACGGCAAUCAUUUUUAUAGAGUCAAUACAAUAGACAACUUUGGAAGUUAAGAAUGUUUCAUUUAUUGGCAAUAUUUUACAUGAAUACGUUUAGAACAAUCUUCAAAUCUCGUCAUUACUAUUAAACUUCAAUUGCAUUUUGGGCUUAAUAACAAUAACCAACUCUCAUUUUUCUUAAAAUACCCUCUACAACAGCACAGAUAAUUUAAUAUUCAUAAAAAGCCAAUAGUUGAAAAUGACAAACAAUACUUUUUAUUAAAAUAGUUAUUUUAAUUAUCAAUACAUGCAACCCUUUUUAUUAUGGGGGUUUGGAGAAUCAGAAGAAGUAUCAUAUCAACAAAUAAACAGUAUUUUUUAAGUCAAGUCGAAUUCAGGAGUUGGUUAGUUUUUGGUGGAGAACCUAGAAAUCAAGUUUUGUCAUUUUGAAUAAUCAGUAGGUUUUUAAGGAGGAGCACUAUAUAUACAAGCCUAAAGAAAUAGUAUAGUUACAAUUUCUGAGACUUAGUUCAAGAAUAUUUCGACCUUAUUUACUAAAGAUUUAGGAUAAGGCGGAUCGAUAUAUUUAGAUGGAACUACAUCAGAAACUCUCAACUUGUCAAUAUCUCAAUUAAAAAUUAAUGAUAUCACUGCUAAAGAAGAUGGAGGAUUCAUUUACAUAAAAUCAGAUUCUCCAAUUAUUUCAAUUUCAAUUAUUCAAUUAUAUAUUAGAAAUAUCUAUUCCAAACUUGGAUCCUUCAUUUAUGUUGUUUUUUCUAAUGUACCAUCGGUAUAGUAAAUAGUUAAACUAAAUUCUAUUUUUAUUCAAAACACUUAAGAUGGAUUUAUAAAUUAUCUAAAUUAAUAUACUUAGUUAUCUAAUUCAGAUCAAUUAGCUUUGAUAAAUAAUAGAGCCUUAUUUUUCUUUGAUUCUGUUAUUAAUCUUAUCAUUUAUAAUGUGGAUAUUGACAAUAUCUUUAUGGAAUCUGCCCUUAUAAUAUAAAAUGCUUAAAUAGUUUCUAUCAACAAUUUUACAGCUUCUCAUGGUCUUAUUAAUAAUUGUUUACUAAAAUUGAAUCAAAAUUUAUGUAUAUAUAUCAAAAUUUAAAUAAAUAAUCUACAAGUUUAGAAUAUUUCAAUAGUAUUGUAGCUAAAGAGCUACAAUUGUGAAUAAUCGACAGUAUUAGACUAAAAAACAUAUUUUUAAUGCAUUUCUAAUGAUAGAAAGAAGACAGCACCACUCAAUUUGCAAUAAUUGUCAACAAAUUAACAGUUUUCUUAUGGAAAUUGUAUCAUAUUACAAAUUGAAGAAUAAUAUGAAUAGGAAGAGAAUGUCAUUCUAGUUAAUGAAAAUUCAGGAUUGCUAUUAUUCUUAGAUCUUACAGAUUUAACUUACCUUAAAUUAAACAACCUUAUUUUUUCAUCAAUAAAUUGUAAGUUCUGUUAAAACGGGUUGAUAUUUUAAUAAUUCUUGAGAGUCGAAGAUUUAUUAUUAAAAUAAUAGAUUUCUAACCUCAAAGUAACUCAUUCUUAAUGCGGACUGUCUGGUUGUUUUUAGAUUAAAAAAUAAAAUAGUAGUAGAUUACUAACACAAGCAGAAGUCAAUAUUCAAGAAAUGAAUUUAGAAGUCUUUAUUGAUAGUUAUGUUUGUCAAUAUAACAUUGCUCAAAAUGGAACCUGCUUAUUUAUAGAGAAUGUUAGAGUUUUGAUAUCUAAUUCAAUUUUUUAAUAUAAUAAAGCAUCUGAAACAGGAGGUGCCAUAUUUGUAAAAAUGAAGCAAGACAUCUUGAUUACAAGUAGUGUAAUAUCUUUUAAUUCUGCUUUUAUAGGAGGAGGAAUUUAUCUAUUUGAUUAAUAAGAUAUAGAUUAUUUUCAUCUAAAUACUAUUGUGAAUAACAAUUAAGCUUAGUUUUUUGGAGAGAAUAUCAUAUCAUCGCCCCAAAAAUUGACAGUUACUUUAUAAGAUGAAAAUACAAAAUUAAGCACAAAAUCUAUUAUUAAAAGUGAAGAUCUUUUGAUACAACAGGUUAUUACUUAAUAAAAUGCUUCGGACUAAUAUUAGUAUCUCCAUUUGCCUAGUGGUCAAUAGAUUUCCCUCUAUGAAUAUUUCUCUAAAUCGAAUCGUACUUACACUAGUUUGAAUUAAAAAUUUCGUGUUUUAGCUUUGGGCAAGGAUAAUAGCAUAAUUAAAAAUCUUAAAAACUCAUAUUGCAAUAUCGAUAGCAGAAGAAUUAAUCUAUCAGAAUAUUAAUAUGAAUAAAUUCCUUUUAGUAACAACUUUACAAACUUGGAUAGUACAGAAGAUUAUAAUCUUGAUGAUUUAAUUGUUUAUUUUGAUAAUGAAUUGCCGCCUCACAUAGUAUUACAAUUGUAAUUUAUAUGCAAUUCUGUUGUAGUUGCUAAUUAUAAUUAAAAAUACCCAUAUAAUUUAUUAAGCACGCAUUAAAAUUAUAAAUUAAGGAUCAACAUUAAAACCUUACCUUGUUAAUUUGGAGAAAUCAAAAAUUAUACGGAUUAUUCUUGUAUUCCAUGUGAUAAUAAUUAAGGAUUGUUUUCAACAACUCUUAAUUCCUAGAAAUGUGAACUUAAAGAUGAGAUUUCGACAAUAAGUGUCAAAUCAGCUCUACUAAACUUAAAAUUUGGUUAUUGGAGACCUUAUUUUUAAAGUAAUUUAGUAAGUUAUUGUUUGAACUUACCUGAAAAUUGUUUAGGUGGUUGGCUAGAGGGUGAUGAAUCCUGUUUUAAAGGACACAUUGGAGCAUUAUGCGAAUAAUGUGAUUUAUAUAAUAUUCGAGGUGGUGGACAAUAUUCUAUUAGUUCGAAAUACUCAUGUGGACUUUGCGCAGAAAAUAAUAGAAAUGUAAUAAUUAUUACAUCAGUUAGUAUUUGGACUUUGAUCUCUAUUUUGAUUUCAGUUCAAAGUACAAUCAAAGCUAUCCAAGAAUUUGUUAGAAAUUUCUGCUUUAAAAAAAUGGGAUUAGCAGUUAACUAGAGAAUAAAUUAAUCAGCAAUUCUAAUUAAGAUGCUUACCAAUUAUUUAUAAAUAAUUUCAUCAAUAGUUACAUUUUAAUUAAAACUCCCGAUUGCACUUGAAGGUACUGUAAAUGCAAUGGGAUCUCCAAUUUAAGCAAUGACCUAUUCUUUAGAUUGCUUCCUAUCAUAUGCUUUUCAUAUAGAAAUUUAAUAUGCUAGAAUGAUUUGGUAAAUAAUUUUGCCAUUAAUUUAUAUCUCUGUUUUUCUUCAAGGUUAUUUAUUUUUAAUUCUCAAGAAGCGUAUUUCUUUUAAUGUCUGUGUUAUUACUACUACUUUUAUUUACAUGUACAUCUAUUUACAACCAAGUGUGAUUGGAGGGUUCGUGUAAUUAAUCUCCUAUAGAGAGAUUUCAGGAUAUAAAUGGAUCUAAUCAAAUGUUUCAUAGAGAUACGACUCAUCUUAACACGAGUAAUGGAUGCUUAGACUUUGCUUUCCGUUACUUUUCAUUUUUGCAAUUUUUGUUCCCAUUUACUUUUUCUUAGGGCUUCAUCGUAAUUCUGAAAAACUUGACUAAAAGAAGGUUAGACUUUAAUGGGGUUAUUUGUAUAAUGAAUAUACGAAAUCUGCUUAUUUUUGGGAGGUGAUCAAAAUCGCUCAAAAAGAAUUGAUGAUCAUUUUCUUAACUUAUUACGAAGAUAGAAUAAUUAUUAAAGCCACUAUUGUUUUACUAAUUACUGGAUUAUAUUUAGAAUUAAAUAAAAAGUAUAAACCUUACAAGUAAAGUUUGUUGAAUCAAUUAGAUUGUUAUUCUACGAAUGUAUGUCUAGCAUCUAUUGUUUUAGCAAUUGGUAUCUAUAUUUCAUAAUAAUAAAAUUCCAUUGAAAUUUAAAUUCCGUAUUAAAUCAUAAUAAUAGUACUUAACAUUCAUGUCGCCUAUUUAUUAAUAUCCAAAAUAGUAGUGGAAUACUUUAGAGAAAAAACAACUGAUUAUUAGGAUAAACUUGAUAUAAUAAGAUAGGCUAUUAGAAAACUAUUCCCAUCGUUUUAAAAAAUAGCAUUUUUAAGAAGAGUUCUAACAGAUCGAAAUUAGUAGCGAAUUCGAGUUAGAAAAUAUUAUUUGAAAUUGAGAGGAUUUUUGAUCCCAUUAGCUAAGGAAAUGAUACUUAUAAAAAAAUCGUAAGGCCACCAUGUUUCUAUUGAGAGAAACUUGGACUCGAAUCUUAAUACUAAUCAUUUAAGUCUAAGAAGUCCAAGCUUGAUUAGAGAAGGGCAAUAAUUGAUCAGAAAUCCUCAUUUGGCGUAUUCUUUGAAUUUCUCAAAGAACAUGACAAAUUCAUAUGCAUUUGAUAAGAUAAGAAGUCAAUAACUCCAUUAAAUAUAGUAGACCUUUGAUACUAACCAUAAUACCAGAGCAGCUUUGAAAAAUGACUAAAAUAAAGAUAUUCAGGAUGAAUGA